GUAUGCAAGUGCAAACCCCACGUCAAGCAUUGAAACUUCAGGGGCAGCGGCAGUGCAUGGGCCACGAGUGUAAGUGCAUGGCUUCAACCUGUAGGAAUGACGUCCCUGACUCCAAACAUUAACGUUUCCGAGUCAACGUGGACACCCGCGUUCGUUAUACCUGCAUUCAUCAGUCCACAAGCACCCACAACUCCCAAACACCUUCAAUCAAUGGCAUUCGUCGAACAAGUGAUACACAGCUUGGGCGGGAAGCACCUCGUAAACUCUCUGAUCACCACUGUCGAGCGCCUCGCGCAGACGACAGAUGUCCUCUCCUCAGACGUUAUCACAACCCUCGCAUCUAUUACGCUGCUCGUAGGAAACCUGACCACCACUGUCGAGCACCUCUCGCAGAAAACCGACACACUCUCCUCCGAUGUUGGUGCAACUAUUGCGCUGCUUGGAGAAAACCUGAUUGUGACAACGAAUGUGCUAGCGUUGGACAUGCAUUACCUACUGCAAGGUUGCAUCGCUCUUGUUGCGCUGCUGUGCUUGUUGACAGUCCUCUGCAUCGUGCGCUGGUGCUACGCAUUUACUAGGGAGCUUCGGGGUGUGCAGCAUCUCAAGACCGCGUAGACUUACACAUAUCAUCCAAUUAUCAAUUUCACCACUGACAGCACUAUUGCGUCAUCGAUUCGGGCAGAAAAUGUUAUGAGAGGCCAGAAUUCCAACGGGAUUGGUGACUGGCCAGAUCUUUUGAUUGCAGGUGUUGUUGGCAAGAACUUCAGAAGAGUCACGGUACAGGAACUG